CAGGCAGCUUCUGGUGCAGAUUGCACCUCUCAUCUCUGUCUCUGUCUCUCUCUCCACCCUGCCCAGCUGUGCAAUGGGUUCACGGUGCGGGUUCACAUCGCAGGUUCCUGUGCGUGCCGAGUCCCAUUUCUAAUGAAAGUAGACUUUGUUCUCUGAAGGCAGCUAAUCGUGCCCCAUGGGCUGUAAUCAGGGAGAAGGUAUUUAAUACAGGGCAGGUGGCAACAGGCGGCCUGUGCCGACUGGCAGAUUGCAACAUGACAGGAAGCUGUCGCCCCCUUUGCUUCAGCACACAUCAGGAUCUGCUGGCUAGAGGAAGUGGAGGGGCUGUGGGAUGCAGAGAGCCGAGGGCUGACUGCCGGACAGCGGAACAGAGCAAGCUGCCGACACACAGACGCAGGUGGUGGAGGACCCCUGACCUCCCAGAAUGACCAGUGCGGCCCCUGCUAAGAAACCCUACCGGAAGGCACCACCGGAACAUCGGGAGCUGCGGCUGGACGUUCCUGGAGCCCGCCUUGAGCAGGAGGAGCCCCUGUCUGACGCGGAGAGGAUGAAGCUCUUGCAGCAGGAGAAUGAAGAGCUUCGCCGACGUCUGGCCUCGGCCACCAGACGCACUGAAGCCCUGGAGCGUGAGCUGGAAAUCGGGCAGGACUGCCUGGAGCUGGAGUUGGGCCAGAGCCGCGAGGAGCUUGACAAGUUUAAGGACAAGUUCCGCAGGCUGCAGAACAGCUACACGGCUUCCCAGCGAACCAACCAGGAGCUGGAGGACAAGCUGCACGCGCUGAUCAAGAAGGCUGAGAUGGAUAGGAAGACGCUGGACUGGGAGAUCGUGGAGCUGACCAACAAGCUGCUAGAUGCCAAGAACACCAUCAACAAGCUGGAGGAACUCAACGAGCGGUACCGACUGGACUGCAACCUGGCUGUGCAGCUCCUCAAGUGCAACAAGUCCCACUUCCGCAACCACAAGUUUGCUGAUUUGCCCUGUGAGCUCCAGGACAUGGUUCGGAAACAUCUGCACAGUGGUCAGGAGGCUCCCAGCCCGGGCCCUGCUCCCAGCCCGGCCCCAGGGGCCGUGGUGCCUACGUCGGUCAUUGCACGGGUGUUGGAGAAGCCAGAGUCUCUACUGCUCAAUUCAGCCCAGUCUGGCAGCGCUGGGCGCCCCUUGGCCGAGGACGUCUUUGUGCACGUGGACAUGAGUGGGGGUGCCUCGGGUGAUCCGGCCAGUCCCGCCCCUGGCAGCCCCACCCCCCAACCCAAUGGGGAGUGCCGCUCCCUGGGUACUAUGGGGGGUUCCCCAGAAGAGGAGCUGCCCCCACCAGCUUUUGAGAAGCUGAGCCCAUAUCCUACCCCUUCUCCACCACACCCGCUGUACCCUGGCCGCAGAGUGAUAGAGUUCUCUGAGGAUAAGGUUCGCAUCCCCCGCAACAGCCCCCUGCCCAACUGCACCUACGCUACCCGCCAGGCCAUUUCGUUGAGCCUGGUGGAGGAAGGCGGUGAGCGGGCCCGCCGCAGCCCCGCGCCCAGCACCCCCGCCUCAGCCCAGGCCUCACCGCAGCACCAGCCGGGCCCAGCCCCCCCAGCUCUCAGCGCCCCAGGCAGCGCUGCCAGCUCUGAGGAGGACCUGCUGGCCAGCUGGCGCCGGGCAUUUGUGGACCGCACCCCGCCCCCUGCUGCUGCAGCCCAGCGCACAGCCUUCGGUCGGGACGCGCUCCCUGAGCUGCAGCGCCAUUUUGCCCUUAGCCCUGCCGACGGAGAUGAGGUGCUUCACGCACCCUCUCCACCCGACGAGAGUGGGCUUUUGCUGACCACAGAACGUGACUCUGGCUUUCCCCUGGAGGAGGAAGAGGAGGAGCUGAACCUGCCCAUCAGCCCUGAGGAAGAGCGCCAGAGCCUACUGCCCGGUGAUAGGGACACUGAGGAGGGGCCUGGCGCCUGCCAAACUGAGGGCAGGGCCUGGCCUCUCCCCAGCUCCAGCCGCCCCCAGCGCAGCCCCAAGAGGAUGGGGGUGCACCACCUGCACCGCAAGGACAGCCUGACCCAGGCCCAGGAGCAGGGCAACCUCCUCAACUAGGGCCCUGCUGGCCUUCCGGUCCCUGCUACACUGCGGCUGCGCGAGGAGGCCCUGGGCCCUCGCAGCUCGGGUCCCCAGCCCAAGCCCCGGAACUCCUCCCUCUCCAGACCUGCACAGCCCUGUGGCCUGUGUGGGUGGGGUCAGGUGGAGGCCGGACCAAGCCUUUAGCUGCACUGACUGGCACCAGCUUGCCUCAUCCGUGGUUUUUUCCUUGCCUUUCUGGAACAUUUAUUCUCCAAAGGUAACACGCGGUUGUUCGCAAGCCCUUUCUGCCCCUCGGCGCACCCCAGGUUACGCCACUCUGGGAGACGGGGGGCCUUCAUCAGUGUUCACCCUCCAUCCUCCCUUCAUGACCAUGAGCUUUGGUUUUGGGGGUGUCAUUGGGGUUAUUAACCUCUGAUUUCCGUUUUCUGCCUGUCUCCCUCUCCCCUAAAUCCUGCUCCAGGGGCCUGGCCUGGCUGGCUUGGGGACGAGGGAGGGACUGACUCAGGGCUCCCCUCAGCUGCUUCCCUCCCCACUCUGGAAGGCAGGGUGGGGCUCAGGGGCCCCCAGCUAGGCCCUGGGUGAGGCCUGGCCCCCUCCCAACCUUGGCUCUAGACUGUUACUCCCAGCUUUGGGAAAUUUUCAUGUGGAUGACUAUUUUAAAAUCAAAUAAAACUAUUUUGCUGGUAUUGCCUAAUUCAUCCUAUAGGCCUUCCCUCUCCACCCUUCUCCCCAUUCCUGAGUGUUGCUAGUCCUUGACUUGCU